AUGACCACAAAACCCCUCGUUGGGUCACAAGCCCAACGACAGUCGCAAAGAUCAUUGAAUCCAAACGUUACCUCGAGACCCUCCCCACAAAGAAGCCUAUCGUCUACCUCCCCGACUCGAAGAUACAACGAAGCCUUCAUAGACUUAACGCUUGAUGUGCCGGAUUCUACAUCUGUGCGUUAUGGACAAACCUCGAGAACAGGAGGGUCGCGCUUGAAGCAAGAAAUUUCCAAUGAGUCGAGAAGUUCAAGUCAGACGGAGACAUCAAGCUCGGGUCCUUCAAAUAUAAUAUCCAGUAGGCAGACUCUGCCUCCACGCGGUCGACCGCAGCUUCAUUUCGAUGUGCCUCAUACGAGAGCCACCAGAUCCAGUUUGACGUCCGACCAAAACUACAGUCAAGUGUUUGCGAGACCAUUUCCUCUUCCUGUUAGGCCCGGAAGACAUGCACCCCCAUUUGUGGAAAAGCCGAGCUCAUCAAUUGGGACAUCUGGAAAGAAAGAUGCUCGCCCCAAACCUUUUGUUUUAGAGAUACCGCCCGCUGCGCCGUCUUAUUCACCAAACGGUCAUGCUGAUUUCUUCCCAUGGAACGGUAACCAUGCUGAAGACCAAUUCACUGAAAUUGUCAUCCGGGGAGGCUUCUUCGACAAGUCGCAAAUGUCACAGAACGAAACUGGCUCGGCAAAAGCCUCUAUAUAUCCAUCUUUAAAACACAAAAGCGGGCUCCAAACACUGUCAUCAUUGUUUUCCAGCGUUUUAGCUCAGCGGAGGGCUCAUGGAAAUAUCACGGCGAACUCAACUUUCAAGCCGCCACCCCGUGUAACGGUUACGGACACGAAGAGAGAAAUAUGGCUCAAGGAUCUAGCUAAUCCGACUAUAUCACUCCGCCGCCUCAGUCGAUCAAUUCCCCACGGGAUUAGAGGUAAGGUGCUCCUAGAACAUUCCCUCAACAAAAACAUCCCUAUCGAGCGGGCCGUCUGGUUAGCCAAGUGCGUAGGGGCAAAUGAACUGAGGUCUUUCAAGAGGAAGGGUGCGGGUGGUGCUUUUGCUAUGGGAGGUGAGACGAAAUGGGUUAGAGACUUUACAGUUUGUGUUGAACAGGUGUUGGAGAGCAUAAUUGGAUCAUGUGGAGAGAAGGACUUUCGUCGCAGGAUCUAUUACGCACCGCGAGCAUUAUCUAGAUUGGAUACUAUCAUCCCUCGAGGCUACUUCUCAAGCCAAAUUACCAAUAUGGUUGUUGAUUGCCCAGGUGUAUUGGGAAGAUAUUUUGAAGUAUCGGAGGUUCGGGCGCCGGUUCACAACUACUCUGCUGAAUCGUUUUUCAGAGCAUCCGGAUUCUGA